CGUAUCAUGCAAGCAAACAUCUUCUUUCGACGAUCAAAGCUCCUAGAUAAAUUCUAAAAAGAAAUGAAAACGCUUCAGAAAAUUCAGACAUAUCUAUUUUUCAAGAUAGCGUCGGCUAAAAAAACCUACCAGUCAAACUUUGACAGUGACAACACAAAAUGUUGACUUGCAAGAUAAUUUUACGCGCUUUGGGCGUCCAUUGGAAGAGUCUCUUCAUCAUUGUAUAUCCUUUGCUCAUCCUUCCUAUCUUUUUGGUGAACAAUACUGCAGCAAUGAGAUGUGUCUACGUGGUAGUUUUGAUGGCAGGAUAUUGGGUGUUUGAAGUUCUGCCAUUGGCAGUAACAGCCAUGAUUCCUUUGGUUCUCUUUCCCACGAUGGGUAUUUUAGACGCAAAGAAGACAUCAUUAGCUUACUUCAAAGAAGCAAAUAUGAUGUUCGUGGGAGGGUUAAUUAUUGCUCUUGCUAUUGAGUUUUGUUCUCUUCACACCCGGAUCUCACUGCAUGCCAUUAAAUGGAUUGGUUGCAGCUACCGCCGCCUCAAUUUCGGACUGAUUACUCUCACCAUGCUCGUGUCAAUGUGGAUUUCCAACACUGCAGCCACUGCAAUGAUGAUCCCAAUCAUCCAAGCCGUUCUCGAGGAGCUCGAAAGUCAAGGGGUAGGAAGCCGAUGGGAACCUGACCCUCCAGAUAUUCCACCAGAAGAAGUCGAUCCACUAUCUAGACGUCCAACAUCUGUGGCUAUGUGUUUUUACAUAAGCACGGCUUACGCCGCCAGCAUAGGCGGCUUAGGUUGCAUAGUGGGCAGUGGCACCAACUUAGUACUCAAAGGAAUCUACGAAUCGGAAUUUCCACACUCACCUGGGGUAGAAUUCAAUAAGUGGUUGGCGGCAAACAUCCCCCUCAUGUUAGCUAUAAUGUACCCAUCGUGGGUGUGGAUGCAGAUUUGGUUUAUGGGUCUAUGCAGACCCAAUUCUGCUGAUGCUAAAGCCAUUAAUGUGGGUGCAGAAGGCGAAGAAAUUACCAGAAAAGUUUUAAUCCAAAAGUUGGUAGAGUUGGGACCUCUGAGCCCGCACGAAAUUAUGGUUGGGAUAAUGUUCAUAACAGCUGCCAUGUUGUGGUUUUUCCGUAGACCAGGGUUUAUAUCUGGAUGGCCCUCUUUGCUCACCGAAACACAGGUUGGCGAUUCUACUGCCGCCAUGAUCGUGGUAUUGCUCCUCUUCAUGUUUCCCGCUAAAAUGGACUUCAGAUACAUGUUCAGUGAAGACGAAGAACGCCGACCUAAAGCUGCAUCCAGUGGACUAAUUACGUGGCGUUUUGUCAACCAGAAGAUGCACUGGAGUCUGAUUUUUUUGAUGGGAGGCGGUUUCGCUCUAGCUGACGGUAUAAAAAACAGUGGAAUGGGGGAUUUGACAGCUGAGAAGUUAUCUGUAAUCGUGGAUCUUCCGCCGUUUCAAAUACUAAUUAUCUGUUCAUUGCUGGCUAUGGUAGUGACUCAGUUCACUAGUAAUGCCGCAGUAGCAAAUAUUUUGUUGCCGAUAAUAGCUAAUAUUGCUCGAAAAGCUAAAAUCCAUCCCAUGUACCUAAUGAUGCCCGUAUGCUUAUCCUGUUCUUUUUCAUAUUGCCUUCCGGUUUCAACACCGCCAAAUGCGAUUGCGGCGGCACCCUGCAAUAUGAGAAGUUGGGAAAUGAUUAAAGUUGCUUCAGUUAUGCAAGUUAUUGCCAUUUUGAUGUUGAUAGCUAUUUUUCCGAGUUUAGGAACGGUGAUUUGGGAUUUUUCCGAAUAUCCGGAUUGGGCUGUUGCAGAAAACAAGACAAAGUCGUAAAUUUGCUGCAUUACCUAGUCAGGUUUGAAAUUUAAUUUUGAAAUGUAUU